GACGAAGGAAGGAGGGUGUUGACGACAAGAGCAGAGCUGGUGGGCAGGUCCGCGUCUUAGAAAGUAUCCCUUUUUAUCAGAUUCAGAAGAGUGAAAAUGGUCUGAAAGAGGAGAGUAGUAAAAUUGUGGGUGCAAUUUCACACUUCUUCUCUUUCCAAUCCCAAAUGCUGUGAAAAAUAGUUGUUACCUGUUCAACCCCUCCACCAGCAUCCGGGAAGGAGCUAGGGUUUUGAAAUUGUGGAGAAAUGUGUCUGGAUAUAGGGGUUUUGGAGAAGAGAUCCGGCCAUUUCUGAGGGUUUAAGCGCGCAAGAUUGGGAUCGGAGGCCAAGUUUAAAGGCUUUUUCGAGCAAUGUACAGUGGAUCGAGCGACGGCGAAGGCCACGAAACAUCGGCGCCUAGGAAGAUUCCGCCGGCGUCGUCCAUGUUGUGGGUGCGAAACCUCCGCCGCUACAUCGGAUCCGGCGCCGGCCUUGGCUCCGAAGCCCUGAUGGAGCUUGAGACCAAGAGAAUAUUGCUUGACAUUUUUAAAGAGAAGCAGCAAAAGAGUGCUGAAGCUGGCACAAUUCCAAGCUUUUAUAAGAAGAAACCUGAAGAAGGGUCUAUCAGUCACCGUGUCCAGAGGCUGGCUAAAUAUCGCUUUCUUAAGAAACAAUCUGAUCUUUUGCUAAAUGCCGAUGAUUUGGAUGCCAUGUGGGUUUGUUUAAGAGAAAAUUGUGUCAUUGAUGAUGCCACUGGAGCUGAAAAGAUGAAUUAUGAAGACUUUUGCCACAUUGCCUCUGUAUGUACAGAACAAAUAGGCCCUAAAUGUCGACGCUUCUUCAGUCCAUCAAACUUCAUGAAGUUUGAGAAAGAUGAAUCAGGAAGAAUUGCCAUUCUUCCCUUUUACCUUUAUGUGAUGCGCACGGUUUCACUUACACAGGCCAGAAUUGAUAUGAGUGAGCUCGAUGAGGAUUCUGAUGGUUUCCUACAACCUCAUGAAAUGGAGGCCUAUAUACGAGGUCUUAUUCCUAAUUUAGCUCAACUUCGGGACAUGCCUGCAGCCUUUGUUCAAAUGUACUGCCGCAUAGCUGCGCACAAAUUUUUCUUCUUCUGUGAUCCUCAUAGACGAGGAAAAGCAUGCAUAAAGAAGAUUCUUCUUAGUAACUGUCUCCAGGAGCUAAUGGAACUACACCAGGAAAGUGAGGAAGAAGUCACUGACACUGAACAAGCAGAAAACUGGUUUUCGUUGACGUCAGCACAGCGUAUUUGUGAUAUGUUUCUUGCACUUGAUAAAGAUAUGAAUGGAACUUUGAGCAAGCAGGAACUUCGAGAAUAUGCAGAUGGAACUCUCACAGAUAUUUUCAUUGAGAGGGCAUUUGAUGAGCAUGUUCGUCGUGGCAAAACUGGAGGAGGUAAUGCUCGGGAGAUGGAUUUUGAAAGCUUCUUAGAUUUUGUCUUGGCCCUGGAAAACAAAGACACUCCAGAGGGUUUAACUUAUUUGUUCCGAUGUCUCGACCUCCAAGGAAGAGGAUUCCUCACUACUGCUGAUAUUCACACGCUUUUCAGAGAUGUUCACCAGAAAUGGAUUGAAGGAGGGAACUAUGAGCUAUGCAUCGAGGAUGUAAGAGAUGAAAUUUGGGAUAUGGUGAAACCAGUUGAUCCACUAAAGGUCACCCUAGCUGACCUACUCGCUUGCAAACAAGGUGGGACCGUUGCCAGCAUGCUUAUAGACGUUCGCGGUUUCUGGGCCCAUGACAAUAGAGAGAAUCUUCUUCAAGAAGAGGAAGAGCCAGAAGAAGAAUGAUAUAUACAUGGAGAUGGAAUUGGCCACUAACUGUGAUGAAUUUUCCUUGUUUAUUGUGUGUUUUUGGUAGCUGUUGUGUCCUGAAUGUCCUUAACAGUGGCAAUGGUCGGGGGUCAGAUUGGAUCCUUUUCAAAAACAUGAUGCAGCAGGUUGUGUUUGACAGAUUUUGUAAACCCUGUACUGAAUGGUUCAACUAGUAAAUAGAAAUGCUUGCCUUCUAGCCA